CCUGGUGCAGGAAUCAUCGGUGGUAUGUGACGAUCCAGACACUCAACGAAGACCAAUUUAAUCAGCGCCAACUAAACCAAAAAAAAGAGAACAACACUGAAGGAAAAGGGCACAUUUCUGAAGAUUUGUUUCGCGAGGAUUCUAGUUUGCGGCAGCAGAGAGCGCACAAGUCGUGAGUUUGCGUUGUUGCAAGUAAAGCUCGCUUACUGUCCUUCGUUCCUGUCGCUGGACCGUGUGCAUGUUGUGAUUCGCCCCUUGCCUUGACAAACAACUUAACAAAAAUAUGACACAACAACAUAGCCGCAAGCAACCUUUGUCCAUUGCAUUCAUCGCGCUUUUAGCGGUCACGUUGCAUCAGAGCUUUGCUGCCACUGACGCCCCGCCCACGGCUGCCCCUCAAACCACGGCUCCGCCUCCUGCACCCCCGGCCCGGCCCGAGAGAGGCAACUACAUUGUAACCAACGGCAAUGGGACUGCCUGUCUGAUGGCCCGCAUGGGACUGCAGCUCAAUGUCAGCUUCAGCUCUGCCUCUCUCAAUAAGACUGUGCUAGAGGUGGUGAACCUGCAGCCCAACCUGACUAAGAGCUCAGGGUCAUGUGACUUGGACAGCGCCACCCUACUGCUGAAUGCUGAUGAGAAUGCAACCAGCCUCACCCUCGUCUUCUCCCUGAAUGCCACGUCCAGUAAGUAUCACCUCAGUGGAGUGACCCUGUUGGCAGCCUGGCCGGACAUGCGUGUGCCCUUCUCAGCCAGUAACCGUAGUCUGGACUACCUGCGUGGUACCCUGGGGCGUAGUUACAUGUGUCGUGAGGAGCAGACUCUGGCUGUGACUCUCAACUUCUCUCUCAACACCUUCCAGCUGCAGGUGCAGCCCUUCGGCCUCAAAGGGGACCAGUUUGGAGCAGCGGAGGAGUGUCAGCUGGAUGAGGAUGACAUGUGGAUCCCCAUCAUCGUGGGCGCUGCACUGGCUGGCCUGGUCCUCGUCGUUCUCGUGGCCUACCUCAUCGGCAGGAAGAGGAGCCACGCUGGCUAUCAGACCAUCUAAAAUCACUUCCUAUCAACUGACCCCCCAAGAGCCAGAGAGUGCAAGCCCGCCCCAUCUCACCCUCCAGCUACUAACCACCUGGAUUGACUGAACCUCACUGCGACCCUUAAACUGAACUUUCCCCAAUUCAGUUGGACUCAUCUUAGAAUCUUGCUGCCCCAUCCUCCCCUCUGAACUCUCACUAGCCCCACGUUGGGUAUCCAUGGGGUUGAUAUGCGCUUUCAGGACUGAACUGCUCCUUUGUAUGAAAACAACAAAAAAAGUAGGAAUCUGCUGAGAUUUGUAUUUACAUAACGAAACACUCUUGACAGAGCUUUUCAUGGAUCCACCUAUACUCGAGACCUGAUCCAGAAUUCGAAAUAAUGUCACGGGUUGAAUCUGAACUGAUUAUCACGGGUAGGCCUACAUGUAACUUUAAUUUACUUGUCCGGAAGAGCCCGUACAGAUCCAAACGCGACUGCUACAGUAGAGAGAAAUGUAGUAAUUUAUGCUGCUGCUCUUUAUGCUGCUGCCACGAGAGUGGCGUUUGUUGUUGGCCAGUCAUAAGUUAACAAAGCUACAAUAGGCUAGUCAUAGACCCUUCCUGUGUGGCAAAAGUUAGGGUAUAUAUAAUUACAAGUUAAAGGAGAGGGAUGGGCUACAACGACAAUAGUCUGGAGUUGUAAGUGUAGGAUGAAAAAGCGUAAGCACUGCAGCCUCAGUUAGCCUAGCUCGCUAAUAUCAGCUAGCUUAAUUAGCUUCUCCCGGUUUGAUACAGUCAAGCCCGGUACUACGUAAUCAUAUUUAAUAAAUAAUUUAGCCUAUGGCAGCUAUUGGUUGGUUGCUGUCAUCUCUCCCUCAUUCGCUCACAGUACUGCCCCUCCCCCACCUACUGGAGCGGCACCUCCCUCACAUGUUUUAUCGGCUUUAAAAAAAGUGUUUUCUGUUGCUUCCCUCACUCGGAUCGGACCGGGGCUGGAUCUGACCAGGUCUAUACGGAACGGGUCUAGCUGUCUCUGGGUUCGUUCGGGAAUGCGUCUCUGACUAAAUUCAAAAAUUGUAUUUAUACAUAUCGGGUUCGAGUAGGGAAAGCCCAGGUCCAUUUUGGAACAGGUCCAGCUUUUUGGACCCACGAAGACCUCUACUUGAGAGACACCAUCACUCAACAUGGUGGGGGGUGGGGUGGAGUUCUCAUAUAACCAUAUGCUGAAUAAUAAUCCACACUCUGCUAUUUGUAGCCUAGGGUUUCAUAUCAUGCUUACAUUUACUGGUGUUUAAUAACAGGAUUUCUGAGGGAUUGUUUGUGUACAACCAUUGCUGCUGCCGUUUAAUGGCUACUUCUCUGUUUUGGUUGGUGGCCAUUUUGUCAGUCACAACAUAAUAGGAGGCCGUUGUUACUCCUGUGUAAAGGGAAUAUUAUGACUGUUGCUGGUUGGUGGCCAUUUUGUCAGUCACAACAUAAUAGGAGGCCGUUGUUACUCCUGUGUAAAGGGAAUAUUAUGACUGUUGCUGGUUGGUGGCCAUUUUGUCAGUCACAACAUAAUAGGAGGCCGUUGUUACUCCUGUGUAAAGGGAAUAUUAUGACUGUUGCUGGUUGGUGGCCAUUUUGUCAGUCACAACAUAAUAGGAGGCCGUUGUUACUCCUGUGUAAAGGGAAUAUUAUGACUGUUGCUGGUUGGUGGCCAUUUUGUCAGUCACAACAUAAUAGGAGGCCGUUGUUACUCCUGUGUAAAGGGAAUAUUAUGACUGUCGCUGGUUGUUCCAACCAAACUUGUUGCUUAAGGUUUUCAACAUCAUUAAACAAUGAAUUUUAAUUCUGAAUAUAAUAUGGAGUUGAUUCAAGUCUCCCCUAACCCGGGUUUGAGGGUCAGAUAUUUUUGCAUCCACCUAAUGGGUAAGGCUAUGAUUUGGGGCUGGGAAAUCUGAUCCUAGAUCUGUGGUUAGGGGCUAAGCUAGGUACCAGCGGCAGUUUUCAAAAUGGUGGUGUUUCUUAAUCCAUUUCUUAGGGGUCCCCUAGUUGGACAUUUUUUUUUUGUGCACCUUCUUGGGUUCCUCUUGGACUGGGUUGAGGAACAAGGGUAAAGGUCAUUUGAUGGUGAAGCAGUUGAGGUCUGCAUACCACUGUUUAUAGGUAAAUGUAUUAAACGGUGCUUCAUGGUCAAUCCGACAUCUGCAUUGGCUGUGCAGCAUUUACGCUGAUACGGCCUCUGCAGAAGUCAGGACAUUCAUAUUGGUUGUGCUUCCUGAAGCAAAGCAGAGCUGUUAAGGAAGUGACUCUAUACGGAGUCCUCCCCAUUAUAACAACAUUUUGAGAGGCAUGUGCUUGAUUUGGCCUCUGCAUGCCUCGAGGCUCCGCAAUUGGUUCACACCCUCCAUACGAAGCCUCUGAUCACAUUUGCUGACGAAGCAUAAAUUGGCUUUAAGACGGGGUGAUUAUUAUUAUUUUUCUGGGGGGGGGAUGUACUGAUGGUACAUCCAGUGAUACACUAAGGGGAGGGUUGUUACAGUUGAAUUUUAUGGUGCUUACAAAUGGCUGAACACUAACUGAAAUGCACCUGUGUAACUUGGGACACUUUUUAGUGAAUAGUCACAUUUAUUAGGUGGUUUUCUCAAAUUAUAAUUCCAGAUAUUAUAGUUUAAAUUGUUCUAUUGGAGUUACUGCCAAAAUAACAGCAACAUUUUAGGGAGGACGUUUCUCCACCCCAAAAUAAUGUUAAGCCAAAUGGAAUAUGUGCCUCCCCACUUACAAGAAGGAUGGGAUCUAUGCUAAGGUUCUAGAGUUACACACACUCUUAAUCUGUCUCAAAUGACACCCUAUUCCCCAUGUAGUGCAUAUCUUAGUUGGGUGUCAUUAGAGUCAUAGCCUUUUGUCUCUUCACAGCAUUACCAUAGAACAAUGAGCAAUAUUUCAUCAGAUGUAUACAUGGCUGUGGUCUAUCCUGGUUUAGUUAUAAAGAUCUUUGGUGUCGUUCUGAGAUCUUGCCUGUUGAAAGAUCAGAGGAUGCAUUAUUUGGAGUAAUGAAACUGCAUUUUUGUUCCACCCCUCUUCUAGAAGUGUUAACAUCCAUAGGUAGUGAUUGAAUAUGGCUUUAAGAAUGUUUUUAAUUGUUUUCUUAAGUGUAGUGGUCAAUAAAAUAAAAUAAGCUGAAGAAA